CCCUCAUAUCGCUGGCCUAGUUAUCGACGUUGCUGUGGAUAACAUUUAACAUUACCUUGUAUUCCAUUGGCAACUAAAGUACUGCGGUAUACUGCACCAACACUACGAUCUUAGAUUCUACCGCAAUUGUCAUCGAGCAUCGCCGAGGGGCCGAUAAGACACAAGUAGUCCUCCAACACCAAAACACAAACUUCUUUAUUCGAACCAGAGGAUAAAGACUUCGAUUUCAACCUCGCCCCCGUACGAAAUGUCUACGGCGAUUCAAAGUCACCGCCAGCAACCGGGCCUUGCAUGCGAAGAUUGUCGGCGACGGAAGGCCAGGUGUGAUCGCGUCCGUCCUGUAUGUGGCUCCUGCCAAGAUUCCGGCAAUACGUGCCGUUAUGUCGACAAGUGGCCACGCGGAGGGCCAAGAAAAGGGCAGAUGUUAGCGCUUAAGAAUCUCGUUACUAAUCUCGAGCAACGCCUCGGCGAGCAGAUGAGAAAAGCGCAGCCUGACCAUGACGCUAUUCUAUCGGAUACUCGAAUAAAUCCCGAUGCCUCACUUGCAGAAACAGAGCCAGCGACACUCUCAACUCAUUUGGAGAACGACACUCUUGGUAGUGCAGCCUUUGAAAGCACUGGUCUCGAUUGCACGAGUCUCGAAA